AACCAUCGAUCUCGUGCCCAUCGAAGUCAGACCUCAGCACAAUCUUCAACCAUGGGCCAUGGAUAUUUUUUCCUUCCGUGUCUCAGAGGUAAGAGGAUGAUACCGCAUCGUUCACUGGUCAAUGGUCACCGGCCUAGACGUCAUCACUUUGGAGUUUGGAUCCAAGAUGAGGCCCAUUUCUUUCUCCGUGACGCGUAGUUUAUGGUGCGCACUUUCGCUUUUGCAAGCCGAACUCAGCAACCAAGCUGAUGCCUUGAACAGAUUUUGAUCAAACUCGAGAUACUCAGUUCGCGAAACUCGCCUAAAGAUUGACGGCGUGGAGAUGGAGGAAUCCCAGAUAGAAAAGAGACCAAAAAAGGGACUCUUGGGGUUGAUGUUGAGGCCAGUGCACUGGUUCAAAAUGCUUGGUCAAGAGCUGCAUUGGAGCUUUGUCGUAGGAGUGAUGAUAGUUUAUGGUAUCAGUCAGGGGCUUGGCGUGGGCUUGAGCAGAGUCAGUACCCAAUACUACAUGAAGGAUGAGCAGAAGGUGCAGCCCUCUGAAGCACAGGUCUACUUUGGGUUGCUUCAAAUUCCUUGGAUUAUCAAGCCCCUAUGGGGUCUCCUUACUGAUACUCUUCCUAUUCUUGGGUACCGCAGGCGGCCUUACUUCGUUUUUGCAGGUUUUCUUAGCAUGAUCACAAUGCUUGUGCUAUCAUUACAGAAGAACUUGCAUCUCGCAUUUGCUUUGCUGUCGCUAAUGGCAGGAAGUGCUGGAAUAGCUAUUGCAGAUGUGACCAUUGAUGCUUGUGUGACACAGAACAGCAUAAGUAAUCCAUCUCUAGCUGGUGAUAUGCAAAGCUUGUGUGGACUCAGCUCUUCCAUUGGGGCUCUUGUGGGAUUCUCGCUCAGUGGCUUUUUGGUUCACAUAGUUGGUCCUAAGGGUGUGUUUGGGUUGCUCAGUAUCCCAGCAGGCCUGAUCAUUUUGGUUGGCAUAAUGCUGAGAGAAUCCCAUGCACAUAGAUUUGCUUACAGAGGGGUAAAUGAGAAGCUUCUGGAUGCUGGUAAGGCUAUGUGGACAACGCUCAAAUGUCGGGAAGUCUGGAGGCCUUGUUUAUACAUGUACUUAUCACUUGCAGUGAGCUUAAAUGUUCAUGAAGGAAUGUUCUAUUGGUACACAGAUGCAAAGGGGGGUCCAUCUUUCUCGCAGGAGGUUGUUGGGUCCAUAUUCUCAAUAGGUGCUGUUGGUUCCCUCUCUGGUGUGCUUAUCUACCAAAAUUUGUUAAAGAACCAUCCUUUUCGAGGCAUACUUUUCUGGUCGCAGUUGUUGUAUGGUGUCUCAGGAUUGCUAGAUUUGAUACUUGUCUUGCGUGUGAACUUGAGAAUCGGUUUACCAGAUUACUUUUUUGUUGUGAUUGAUGAAGCGAUUUCUCGAAUGAUUGGACGCGUUAAGUGGAUGCCUCUUCUUGUGCUUAGUUCCAAGCUUUGCCCUGCUGGCAUAGAGGGCACUUUCUUUGCUUUGCUCAUGUCAAUUGAUCAUGUUGGUAUGCUUUCAUCAACUUGGGCAGGAGGUCUCUUGCUCCAUGUCUUGAAGGUUACACGAACACAAUUUGAGAACCUCUGGAUGGCCAUUUUGAUCCGGAGCAUGUUGAGAAUGGUUCCGGUAAGCCUGCUGUUUAUGAUACCCAGAAGCGAUCCAAACUUAUCCAUCCUUCCAGCAGAGAUGUUGAAGACAAAAAAAGGUGAUGAUAUGCUUGAAACUGGAAAUCUUGAAAUGGCCUCGCUUGUUGAGAACUCUUGAAAUAAGGAAUGGAAAAAUGGCAUCUAGGAAAUUGCUAGUUCCUACAUGACGACUAAUAGUUAGGUCCCAAGGUGUCUUUCUAUUCAAGGAUUAGCAUAGCAGCUGAAAAAGGUCCAAUCAUGGAGGAUGUAACUUCUAACCAUGAUUUCUUUCCAUUUUACACGGUCCACAGAAUAGAAUGGCUUGGUCAAUGUUAGCAGUUAUUAUUCCUAAACAUUCCUUUCAAUCUGAGCAUCAAGCGGACAAUUUUGUGUACUUGACCAUGUAAUAUUCCAGGUGAGAAAAGUUAAAAGCACUAGAAUCAAAUUGAGGUAUAAGCACAUAUUUUUUGUACAAUUUUUUUCAAGUGAUACCUCCAACAUUGGAAAUUUCCACGGGCCCAUUUAUGUUUGUUUUUGUUGGAUAAAUUUUGCAGAUCCUAAUAGACCCAUCUUGUUUUGCAUAUUCAUUAAA